AUGAUGAUGAAAUCCUCUUGCAAGUUGGAGUAUAAUGAAGUAUUUGGCAAAGAAGAUAAAUCAUUCUCAUUCCUAAACCACUCAUCACUUUCCUCUUAUCAAAGCGAGUUAACGAAUCUUUUCUUUGAACUGGAACAUGAGAUUCUCCCUUGUGGCAACUAUAAUUAUUAUCUUCCUUCUGCCUCAAGCUUCCUGGCUUUGCCUGAUCUUGAACCCAUAUCCAUCGUUUCUCAUGAAGAUUUACUAAGUGAUGAGUCCGGUCCUGUAUCAUGGCCCGAAGCAGUGUCAAUGUUGGAUGAAAAAAUUAUAGAAGAUUUUGAUUUGGUGAAAAAGACUGAAACCACAACUACCAAGAAGAGGAGAUGCGGAGAAGAAGAUUGUUCUGUUUCAAAGACAUUGUCGAAGGAAACCAUCUCGUCGUACUUUUACAUGCCGAUAUCUCAAGCGGCUAAAGAGCUUAACAUUGGUUUAACCCUUUUCAAGAAGAGAUGUCGCGAAGUGGGUAUUCAUCGUUGGCCUCAUCGUAAGCUUAUGAGCCUACAAAAACUCAUCAGUAAUGUCAAGGAGCUCGGGAAGAUGGAAGGGGAAGAGAACGAAGAAAACCUAAGGAACGCUUUGGAGAAGCUCGAGAAUGAGAAGAAAACGAUUGAGAAGUUACCAGAGCUGGAGUUUGAGGAUAAGACAAAGAGAUUGAGACAAGCUUGUUUCAAGGCUAAGCAUAAGAGGAAGAGAAGACUUUUCAUGUCCACGUCGACCACACCAUCAUCAUCAUCUUCUUCUUACUCUUCCACUUUCGUGUUUGAGUGA